AUGGUGGUGGUGUUUCAAGGCAGCAAGUUCUCGUGCGCUGCUUGUCAGAACGGACAUCGAUCUCAAUCAUGCGACCAUCUGCAUCGAGUACUGCUGGAAAUCAAACAAAAGGGACGACCCGCUACUCAGUGUGGUCACUGCAGAACAAAGAGAAGCACCGGAACCGGGCACUCUCAUCAUCGCUGCAUGUGUGGUGAUGCCCCGGCUUACACUCGUCCAAAAGUUGAAGUCAAACUGUCUUCCGGAACUACUUUUGUCAUGACUCCUCCUGAAGCUCCUGAAGCCUUUCGAACUCGCUUGAUGGAAAUAAAGAACUUGCCUAUAUCAGUCCAUCGUAAACCAAAGGCAAAGAAUGAACAGGGUUAUGAUCCACAAGCAGAUGGUCCGGCUCCUGUUGGAGCAGCUGGGGGAGAAGCUGCAGCUGCUGGUUAUCUCAUCAUUGAAUGGAGAGCCGAAUUUGUAUCUCUAGAUGUAUCUGAUCAAUUCAAUAGUGAGGUCGACUCUGCUGCUGAGAAUCCAUGCAAAUGUCAUCAGGGAGGACCAUGUAUAUGUGCUACGAUAUCCAAGCAAAAACCAAAAUCAGCUCGUGCAAGUAGUAAUAGCAAAUUGACACCUCCAGCACGAACUCAACCUCCAAUAAUGAACAUCAACAGCCCAGCUCCCCAAUAUUUUGCACCCCCAUACCCCAAUAUGCAAAUGCCUGGUCAGGGUCUUCCGUAUCUACCAACUGUACCACAAUCAUAUGUACAGCCUCCAUACAACCAAUAUCCUCAACAACAGCAACUGCCUCCACAUCCUCAACAAACCCCACCACUGCCAUAUAUGCAACCACCUCAUCCAUCGUUGUAUAGCCAAUAUCCAGCUGCUCCCACGCCAUUCAGCCAACAACAGGAUCCUCUCCAAUUGUAUAGUAAUCCAAUCUACAACAAUCCAAUAUAUCCACCUCAACCAUUCUAUGAUCAACGACCACCACCAUUACCGCCACUUCAACAAUUACAGCCGCCAUCAUCACAGCAUCCAGUUACAGAACAGACCAACGCAGUCGCCAACAUGCUGAUGGAUUUAUUGUCCCGUCACCCACAGCCAACCAUGCCAUUUGACGGUAUUCCAACAUCUACUGGUCAAUCUGGUGACGUCAAUUCUACAACUGAUUAUAAUCAAGUGAUGUCACCAGUAGUAUUGUCUCAAACUACAGCAACAACAGCGGCACCGAUGAUUAAAUCAAAUAUUAGCACUCAAUCAACUGAUAAUAUGCUGGAAGGCUUGCAAUGCUGUAAAGGAGGCUGUAAAUGUGAUGAAAAUACGUGCUUCUGUGCUAUUACAGGUGACGCUGCUUGUUGUCAUACUAGUAGUAAUACUACGACAGCAGAGAAACAACAACAGCGAGGUCCAAGUAACACACCGAAGUCAUUGUGUUGUGGCGGUGGCGCUUCUUCUGAUAGUGAAGAAAGUACAUAUACAACACCAGAACCAACACCAAUCGCAACAAGCCAGUCAUGUUGUGGCGGCAACAACAAUAAUAGUGGUGGUUGUUGUGGAAGCAAUUGUGCAUGCUCAAGUCACAAACCAGCAUCAGCUGAUGCAAAGGAAUUGACUUCUGCAUGUGACUGUGGAUGUGCAAAGUCAUCGACGGAGUGCUCUGAUUGCUUUGCUGAUAAUUGUGAAGUACAUGUACUUGGGUCUAGUGCUGACACUCAGACGCUCGUGAAAGAAACUACUAGUGUUGGGCAGGAUGUGUCGUCUUCGUCUUGA